AGCAAGCAACAGAUGAGUCCGGAGAGGAGCUCGAGGGGUUUGACGGAGAGCCUCGCGCACCCCAGAAAGCCCACGGACAACAACGAGGGAGUGGAGUAGAAACAAUUGUGCUUUGAUUCCCGAUGAGGCUUCACCACCACCUUUUGAUCAGUCGUAAGGAGAAAAUUGAAAGUCGCAUACGGGGGAUCGGUUGGGCAAAUACUAGGUGCAAUUUAAUCAUUACGAGCCAACUAAAGCCAACCAUUGCGCGGAGAAAGUAGAUCAGUGUGCGUGGGGUGAGUUUGGAGUGGUGAAUGUUGGCAUUCAAGUGGAACAUUAACGUGUGUUUUGGGCUAAGUGUCUGUGGUGUGGUUCUCACUUCAAACCAUGACAAGAAAUUUACUCGGAAGGUUACGCGGGGCCUGCUUAUGGACAUGGAUCAUGUUCGCUCUUCUUGGACCAACCCAAUGGACCACUGAAGGUUUGGGUAUCAUUAAGAUUUCUCCCGUACUGAAUCUUACCCGUUGGCCAGACAACAAAUAUUGUUCUGGUCUUCACUCCAAAUUGAAUCUCUGCCAAGAUAACGUGAUGAUCACCUACUUCAGCUUGCGCGACCAAAACGCCCUUCGAACAUCCGAUUUCCGUCUCGAAACCGCUCAUUUUAACAAUCAAUGUUGUGCUGCUCCCUCACCCUCAAACGGAACCAUCGACAACGAGUGCCUCAAAAAUGGACCCCAAAUGAUGUUGAUGGCGCCCAUUGCUCUCCAUUAUAAAGGACCAUUCACCACGUGGAGCCAUGGCCUUGCGAAAAAAAGCCAGAUACGCAAGGAAGCGACUCAAAAAUUGGAUUAUUACCCGCAACUCAGGUCCGGGUCUGUUUUGCAAAAUUGGGAGGAAUGGUGGGUGGAUCCUGGGACGGAUUUCCGGUCCACGUUUCAGAAUUGGCUUUACUUGAACCAAUUGGCCUUUGGUACAAACCUCUUGACCAAGCUGGCUUUGCCUGUGCUCGUUUGGGGACCUGAUGGUUCUCGGUGGGAUCCGUGUUGGAACAACCUGGUUUUGAAACUGGAAUACACGUUGGAAGGUAAUUAAUGAAUUCCACUUUCAUGAUGCAUUCUGUUGUUAGUUGUCAAUAGAGCGGGUAAAAACAUUUGAUUUCAAUAAAAAAAAAAAAUUUUGGCCAUUUUUUCAAAACGUAAAUAUUUAGACGUUUUCAAUCCCAUGGGUAAUAUUUUGCACAUUUUUAGCAUAUUUUGGCGAUUCAAGGAACCAAACACGUGAAUUAGUAGAUUUUUGAUCCAACUCUAAAGUGAUAUGGUACCUAAUUCAAAACAUCAUUGCCUCCAGCAGAAAUAUGGCGGGUUCAUUG